AUGGGGGGACAGGAGGACACGUCGGUGAAGGCUGGGGGCAGUGCAGUGCAGAGCAGGAAAGUAGGCUGGGCUGCCACGGAAAUAUCGAGCGUCGAUGCGCCCAUGGAUCCCUCGCAGCUGCUCGACGCGGCGGCGGCGGCGGGGACUGCGGGCGCGGGGGGCUCGUCCGCGGAUCUGCUGCUGGAGAACGCCGCGCGGCAGCAGCUGCCGUCGCUGUCCAUCCGCGCGCUGCACGUGCUGCAGCAAGCGCGGUCGCUUGCCAUGGUCACUGGAUUCGGGGAGGCACAGCCGCAACAGGACAAGGCGGUGCCGCCAUGCAUCCACGUGGACACUGAUCUCUUCCCCGCCGCCACCUACCUGCUCCCUCUCGACCGCUCCAUACUCCUCCGCCCACCUCCAUCCUCGUCCCUUCCGGAUGCUGCAGAACCGUCCCAUUCCGCCUCAGCAGCCAUGCGCCAGUUCCCCCGCUCCCAGCGCAUCCGCACGGACUCACCUGACCCCGCUACCCUAGUUCUCCCCUCCGCUUCCGCUUCCGCCUCCGCGGGCUCUGUGGGGAACGGCUCGGGGGAGUUCACGCUGCUGUGGCGGGGGGCGCACGGGCUGGUGUGCCGGCGGUGGGCCACAGACGUGCGCGCGCGGAUACGGGAGGUGGCGGAGAUGAGGGGCACUGGCGGAAGCGGCGCAGUCUACGUGUCUGUGCUGCUGCAGGUGGGGGAGGGAUUGCGAGCGGGACUGAAAGCGGGACUUGGAGCGGGCGUGGGAGGGGGCGUGGGAGGGGGCGUGGGAGCAGGUGGGGGCAUCGGUGGCAAUGGAACUGCAGAAGCGGGUGAAGGGCAGGGGAUAGAAGGGAAGGCGCAAGAGGGCGUGGAACGAAGCGGGGCGGAAGACCUCUGCGCACCACCAUCCUUCCCUAUUCUUGGCGACAUGCCCCCUGUUGCGUCAGCAGCAGCAGCAGCAGCAGCAGAGACAGCAGAAACUGGCACGGGCGGUGCCGGUGCUGCUGGGAAUGGAGUUAGGAACGAGUCCCGUGUGGCAGUGGCAGCAGGGGGCGUGGCUGUGAAGCUUUCUCUCAUGUACCCCACUCAUGCAUCCCUCCUGGGCCAAGACUCACCUGCUGUGCCCAGCAGCAGGGACCAAGGUCCACGGUUGUUUUACACUGCCCGGCAACCAAAAGGGGAGGAGAGGGAGGAGAUAUGGGGCAACAUCUCCGUGCCCCUUGCCUCUUCUCACUCCUCCUCCUCCCCCUCCUCGUCCUCAUCUGCUGCUGCUGCAUCGGCGGGGCAAGGCCAUACGUUUGGAGUGGCGCAGCUGUCGGUGCAGUGGGACAGCAACUGCAACGUGGUGCAGCACAGCGUGGUCAUGUGCAGAGUGCGGCAGAAGCAUCGAGUCAUGAAAGCAGGGGCAACCUCCCCUGCUGGCAGUGUGGGUAAUGCGUCUGUGGCACCGGGAGGAGGAGGGGAAGGAGGUGGAGGUGGAGGAACAGAAGUGGGCGCUGAUGGUGUAGGGAGGGGGGCAGAAGCUAGCGCGAGCAGAGAGGGUUGGGGAAAUGAGUGGGCGGGGAGGUGGGGAGGAAGGGAGGGUGGAGAUGUGCAAGGAGCAGUAAGUCAUCAUGGCAGCUGGGUGGUUCCGGCUACUAGCUCCGUGCAGGUGUCGUCAUCCCAUUGGGUACACACAGCGCAACUUCCCGCCUCGAUCCCCACCGGCCACUACAACUACCGCGUGCUUUCCGGGUCCCAAUGCUCCCCCGUCUUCUCCUUCCACUUCCUUGGUCCCACGCCCUACGGCGCCCUUGCUGCCCACCGCUCCGCCGCCCUCUCCAACCACACGGGCGGCCACCGCGUGUCCUGUGGGCACUCACAUGCGUACCAAAGGGGCGAGAGGAACGGAGUUAUGUACGCCAUUUUAGGGGGAGGUGGGGAGCGCAUUGACAAGCACCGAGUUGCUGACUGGGGGAUGUAUAAGGUGACACACUUGGGGCACCACUAUGUAAGGGUGGAUUUGAGUGCCCAUUUGUUGUCGUGGUCAGCUUAUGAUGCAGCCAACAACCCCAUAGACCAUGUCUUGUUUGUGCCUGACGUAGAUGAUGCGGAUGAAGAGGAGGGUAGUCAGACAUUGCGGUAA